ACUUCCCCAGUGUAUGUGUGAGUGUGUAAUUCAUAACUGCACAGCAUGGAGAGCAGCAUCUGUAUACAGUAUGUGUGUUCUGAUAAAGUAUUUUACUUUUGGGUGACCAAAAGCCUGAUAGCCUUCAAGGACAUAACAUCGAACAAGAUAAAAAUCAGGUCAGUCAAAGUGUGGUUUGAAUGUGCAUGAAGUGUAUGUUUGUAUACAUUUUUAUAGGUAUUAUAAAUCUGUUUCAUUUGUUUUCUUUCUCUCCAGGACGAGGUGACAUAUGCGGCUGUUGUCCAUGUUAAAACAACAGCCACACCAGCUCCAAUACAGUUUGUCACAAGAGAGAAGUCUGAGUAUGCCAGCAUCAAAGGAACUUGAAAAUCAUACAUUUAGUGAUGCAAGCAACAAAGCUAUUGGAUCAUUAGGCUAAUGCUUUUCAUUGGGAUUAUUCUUUGUUUUUUCAAUAGCUGUAACUUCUAACAAAAUAACACAUUUUGCAAGCUAUUUAUUUCCAUGGGUAAAUUUACCAUGUUCAGUUAUGGGUAGGUUAGGGCGAGGUUGGCAAUAAGAGAAUUUGCUGACCCAUAUUUGCUGCAAACUUCAUGCUCAUUUUACUUUUGGGUAAAGCUUCUUCAGCCUUUCUAAAUUUGGAGCCUUCAAGGUGAGCUGUGAAGCCACUGGUCUUUGUUUAGCUGACACUGCUUAUUGCAGCUUAUUGUAUUUGUAAUAUGUAUUGUAACGCUUCUGCUAAGCAUUGACACUUUCCAUUUACAAAUCUAUUUGGAAUGCGCAUCUGCUUUUAUAAAAGUUCUGUCAUUUGUAAAUAUUAAUUUGUUGUCACUGUUUAUUUUUAUCAGCUACUAUAAUCACUGAUUGUGUAGGCUGUUGAUGUGUGUUGAAUGUGGGGCCUCCUGGCAUCUAUCCUCCUUUCAAAUGAUUUGUAUCUGGUCUCAGUGGGUUAAGUAAAAUAUAUGGGCAAGACACACACUUGCUGCAACCGCAAUUUGUAGCCACAUUCAUUUCCCUGUUACCAUAUGUGAAAACGUGUUGAUACCUGGUGGCUCAAAAGUUUAUUGUUCUCGUCUGUCUAGAGAGUGAGCCUCGUCACGAGCGAAGUUCACCGUCCUGCGCUUUUAUCGCUUUCAUGAGUGCUGCGCGCUCCCGCUCCGGAGAUCUCCGUGCCGUCUCCACCCACACGCGCUUUGUUUCGUGGGACAAACGCCAUAAAAUGGAAACCAUACAUGGAUAAAUGUCUAGUUUUAUGACUCCAAACACCAACCACGCAACUCUUUGACAAUCCUCAUCUGUACUGUUCAUCAUCACGUAACCAUGGAGACGGUGGUGAUUGUGGCCAUAGGUGUGCUGGCUACCAUCUUCCUGGCAUCGUUUGUGGCGCUGUUGGUGGUGUGCCGCCAUCGUUACUGCCACCCUUCUGACUUUCUACACCAGUUUGAUUCCAAACCCACAGUAGAUCUGAUCAGUGCAAUGGAGACUCAGAGUGAACCAUCCGAGUUGGAGUUGGAUGAUGUUGUCAUCACGAACCCUCAUAUUGAGGCCAUGCUGGAGAAUGAGGACUGGAUCGAGGAUGCUUCUGGCCUUGUGUCUCACUGCAUUGCUAUUCUAAAGAUAUGCCAUACUCUCACCGAAAAGCUAGUUGCCAUGACAAUGGGUUCUGGAGCAAAGGUCAAAGCGCCUGCCAGCCUGAAUGACAUUAUCACAGUGGCCAAGCGCAUCAGCCCAAGGGUGGAUGAUGUGGUUCGGUCUAUGUAUCCUCCACUGGACCCUGUUCUCCUGGACGCCAGGGCCACUGCAUUACUGUUGUCCGUCAGUCACUUGGUGCUGGUAACACGGAACGCCUGCUACAUGUCUGGCAGUCUGGACUGGAUCGACCAAUCACUGCAUGCAGCCGAGGAUCACAUGGUUGUGCUAAGAGAGGCGGCUUUAGCGUCUGAACCAGAGAGAUGUUUGCUGGAGAGGGAGCAGUCUAUUUGACUCACUCAAUCACAAGACAGACUUUUUAUAUGUAAACACAAACGUAUAUAAGCACCUGUAAAGUAUACGGUAUUAAGUGAUCAAUAACAUAGCAUAUCCCUGAAAUGGGUGCUUUAGUCAAAGAUAGAGGCAUCACCCAAACAUAGGCAUAUGAACAGUAAGUUGUUACUCUCAGUCGAGCCUUUCUUUUGAAUAUUGUUUCUUUCUCUGUCCCUCACAUUACCUCUGUUACAAGUCCAGUGGUUAAAUUGUGCUCAUAGUGUCUGAUAUUUCCUCAUGCUGGAUACAUAUGUAGAUUGUAGCUCCAAAAAUUACCAGAACAAUCAAAUACAUAAAUGUAUACAACAGAUCCAAAAAAAUACUGAUUGAUAUUGGCAAGUUUGAUGGCAUAACAAUUUGUUAUACAUUUUUAAAAGAAGCACACCUCUUUCUAGAUAUAAGUCUACACAUUUUACUUUUAUGUUUUAAAGGGAUGUUGUGGGUUUAAUACAAGUUAAGCUCAAUCUACAGCAUUUGUGACCUUAAGUUGACUACCACAAAAAAAUCUUUUCAACUCCUCCCGUGUUUAUUUAAAAACAAAAUCACGGUUACAGUGAGGCACUUACAAUGGAAUUGCCAGUCCUUAACCGUGAAAAUACUCACCGUUUCAAAAGUAUAGCCAAAAGAAGUAAACGUUAUAUGUGGUAAUAUGAUUUUGAUGUGAAAAAUUGCUUACUAACCUUUUCUGUGUAUAGUUAUAUCCAAUAUUACAACUUUGUUGUCAUUACAACAUAACACGGGUACUUUAAAGUAGUAAACAGUGUUUAGUAUACUAAUUCAAAUGUAUGAUGUUUACGUCUUGUGGCCAUUUGUGGCUAUGUGUAUGUUAAUGUGAGUGGUGGUGGCGUAGUGGACUAAAGCACUGAACUGGUAAGUGGAAGGUUGUUGGUUUAAUCCCCACAGCCACCACCAUUGUGUCCUUGAGCAAGGCACUUAACUCCAGGUUGCUCCAGGGGGAUUGUCCCUGUAAGUUGCUUUGGAUAAAAGCAUCUGCCAAAUGCAUACAUUUAAAUGUAAUGUUCACAUCCGUUGUAAAUGCCUUACUGUAACCAGUGAUUUUUAAUCUUUUUUUAUUCAAAAUUACUUUUGUGGAAUCAACAUUAUGUCAAAAAUGCUGUCGAUUAAGCUUAACUUGUAUUGAACCCCAAACAUUCCUUUAAUACAAUACUUACUAUAUGUUUUGAUAAACUAUGCACAUUUCUUCAUUAUUAGCAUUUUCAGUGAUUUAAAAUGUUACUUGUUCGAUGGCUGAUGUGGGUAGUUUUAAGGCCCAUGUCUUAAAAUUAGGACACUUAAGUUGCAGCAGAAAUUCAAGUUUGUUUCUUUUUUCAGUUCAGUCUCCUUUAAAGAUUUACAGACUGUUUGUAUUUAGUGAAUUUACAAUGUGAAGAGACAUCUUUACACAUACGCCAGUGUAAUCACAUCUUAUGUUUUGAUAGAACUUAUGUGACAGUAUUUUUCCUUUCUUUUUUCAAAUACAAAUGGCUUAUGGUGAAUGGAACUUGCUGGUAAUGAACAUUCAGAUCAUAAUUCAGCAAGAGUGAAAACACACAGUCACAUUCUUUUCUCUAUCUGCCAUCUAGAAGUGACCUGUAAUUUUUCAUCAGAGUCACAUGAAGUCUAAAUCCACACUAAUUCCCUCCCUAACAGUCGCAGUGUUCACAACCCUACUACACUUUUUACUUUUAAAAACCAAACACAUUCACUGCAUCUGUCAUACAGACACAUACAGAGCCCUGUUAUUCAUAGUUUGUGUUUUACAUACAGUUAUCAAUCAGAUACUAUUCAGUUUCAAUGAUAAGAAUAUAUACAGUACAUUUUUUAAAUCUGUGUCAGUAUUUCAUCUUUUCAAUUGCUAUAGUCUUGGUUUUGUGAGCACUCUAGUUACUGAUGUUUCUCUUUUGUUGCUAUUUUUUCUUCUUUGAUUUUCAUCCUGUUUAUGUAUUUGAGACUUGUA